UCUCGACGAACUGUACAAAUGGAGGUAACAAAUACCCGUAUAAUUAAACAGGACGCCCAAAACAAGCGAAGUUGCUUUCUCUAUACUUCAAAUGGUUGAGAAGUAAUCUCUCUUCAUAAAACCAACACUCACUCACUCUCUCUCUCUCUCUCUCUCUCUCUCUCUCUCUCUAGCUGGGAGGAAAGUCUUACCAUACCCGCCUCCACAAUGCUCCGCCAGCGCCUCAUCCAGACUCUCCGAACUCGCGGCGGUUCAGCCACAGGUCCGAGCCGGUGGACCAGCCCGGGCCACGAGGAGCAACCCAAAGGUUACCUCUUCAACCGGACCCCGCUGUCCCCAGGCCAGACUCGAAAAUGGGAGGACUGGGAGCUCCCUUGCUACGUCACCAGCUUCCUCACCAUCGUUAUCCUUGGCGUCGGCCUCAACGCUAAGCCCGAUCUCACCAUCGAGACCUGGGCCCACCAGAAAGCCCUCGAACGGCUCGAGAUCGAGCAGGCCGGCCUUUCUGUUGCUGGGUCGUCUGAAUCUGACUGAAAUUCGAUCUGGGUAUGCCGGUUCGUUCGUUCUCAGAUCGAUCCUUCUUUUUUGAGUUGAAAUGGGUUUUCGGUUGUUGAUAUGAUAUGUAGUUGAAAUAAGGGUUUGGGGAUGUUUUAUUGGGCUUUUCAUGUGAAGCUUGAUCACUUCAUAAUUUAGCUGUUUUAAUUGCUUGAAUGUUUAACUGAUUAAUGUUUUCAAAUAGUUCAUUUUUUUCUUGCCUCUAA